AUGCAAGCAUUAAGCUAUGUCUUGGUACCGAAUAACUUUGCGAAGACAGACAUUUUUUGGUUAUUGCUUCCGUCAUUCAUGGUCCCCAUUCUGUUAACCCUGAUCUUUGUUAUGAUUGCAGAGGCAGACACAUCUUUAAAGGAGCUUAGAAAUUGCUACUUUCUCGAUACUAAAGCAGGCGUGGAUUGCAAUAGGAACUUCCUGUGCUUCACGAUUAUUCCGACAGAAGCACACGAAUGCGACGUUCUUCCAAGUACAGUACUUCUGACCCUGAACAUGUCUGCUUAUACAGAACCGUUGUAUGGAAUAAUUACCGACUUCAGCUACGCUAACACCACUUCUUUAUGUGUCGAAUGUCCAGCAGGCACUGCAAACAACGCCAUGGUGUGCAAGACUGGUCUGAGAGAUUCCAAGUACAUAUCACUCUCCAUAUCUUCAGAGACACACAAGACUGCCAUUCCUAUCAUGAACCUGCAUUCUCUGAAUCUGAAUUUGUCUCAGUGCUACACACCUAACGCCACUGUUUACAUAGAAUCAUUGCAGACGCCUCCAAAGAUCUGUGCCAUGUUGGAGCCUACAGGGUCCUGCAGUAUCGUAGACGACUCCGGUAUAGGACAGUAUGUCUCAUCCUUUCUGUACGUGUAUGCUGCAGGAAACACAUUUACAUACCAGCUGGAUACUACGUUUUCUGCUAGCCAAACACUAAUUUGUAAUGCACAGCAGACCACUGAUGUGACUGGACUAAUGAAAAGCAUAUUGGAGGACGAGUGGUCGUAUGGGUCAUUCAAGCUUAACUUCAACCUAGAAGGGCGUCUCUAUAGUUCAGAAACGAGACUGUUCAAAGUGAUAACGAACCUACACGCAGGAUGUCUGGGCUUGACAGACAUUGAGAUUUAUCCCGGGUACAUAUCACUGUUUGUGCGCGAGUCAUCAGCGGAUGCCAAGAACUGCAAGAUAGAUGCCGAUAAGUAUUUCGUUAUAGAGCCAACUAUCUAUCUUUACGGCAUACAGACCGAAACCAUAAGAGUCAGAAACUUCAUCGUGGUCGGUUACUACGACUUUAGCCAACAGUACCACUUUCUAAUUCCGUGUCAAGACACUUCCUUGUGCGUCGAAGUAUACGAUAGUCUUGUCAAGACCAGCAAUAGCAAAGAACUAUACACAGCUAGUUACAGUGUUAGAUUUAUAGCAUCAAAUGGAAGCCCAGCAGCAAUAGUUGACGGAUACGUAGGGUCCAUAUCAGCCCCUUGCUGGGUGAACUCUUACAUUCUCAUCUAUAAAGACUACUUCUCUGUCUCUUUAGAGCCAUCGAGGGCUCUUAGCUGUCCGAUAACGCAAAGAACUCUGAACUACACCAUUACCGCAACUAUCAACCGCAUCCAGAAAGGAAAUCCAAUGUGGAAAGAUCAGCAAGUGAUACUGACGCUUCAGCUGAAAACUGAGUUCGAUAUUAACAAGACUCUGAUAACGUUCCACUGCAAUGAUGAAGCGCUUUCCUCAUCGCAGGCAGCCAUAGAUAACUGCUAUAGCACGAUAGCACAGCUCUACAGUAAGAGAGAAAGUAGAAACGUAAAGCUCCACUUUGUCGGUAAGGACCUAUUCUUCAACGAACUUGUUAAUCUGAACCACGUCAUGUAUAAGUUUCGGAAUCUUAACUAUGCCAACGCUAAUAUAGCAAGCAUUUCAGUUGCUACGAUAGUGUCCAUAGGGUACCUUGUCUUUAUCAUUAUGCUUUACGUGUCUGUAGCCAAGAAUAUGCAUGUCUUAUUGCACGCAAUAGAGCAGCGCCUCUAA